AUGACACAGACGGAAGAACUAUUAAGAAAUACAAUAUUAAAUCAAUGUAAAUGGAGUGAUACGUAUAGUUCAGUUAAGCAUGUUUUAAAACGAACACAACUGCCGAUUAUCAUUUCAUUCGACCAAAAAGGUGAUCAACUAUUGAAUAAAACAGUGUUAUUCUUUAAAAAAGAACAUAGUAAAAAAAUCUUUCUUUCACCAUUAAAAAAAACUGAAAAAGAGAACAGAAUACAAUUUGAAUAUGAACCAAAACAAUGUGUAUUUGCGAUAACUGAUAUCUAUAAAGGUGUAUUUGAGCUUGUACGAAAUGGCCAACGUUGUUCAAAGUGUUUAUUCACAAAUAAUAUUGAACUCCAAACGAUCAUAGUUUACUAUGGUCAAAAAUGGAAAACAAAAGAGUAUAUUGCUGGUUCAAUAUUGUUUUUCUUUAAGCCUCAAGAUAAUGAUGCGAUAAUAACAGCUGUUUUAGGAGUGAAAGGUUUCAUAACAGCUGAUUAG